UAAAAGAACCCUCGAUUUAUCCCUCUAUUUCUCUCUCUACCUCUUCAAAACCUUCCUCUCUAAGCUCCCUCUUCCCUUUUAUUUUUUUAUUAUUUUUUUCAAUUGAAAAUUUUCAUUUCCAUUUUGAAAUUUCGGAACCAGAUCUCUCUUUAUCUUUGCAAUGCCAAUUGCUUCCGAGUCUGAGAUCCCUUAACUCGCGUCCUCUUCCUCCUUCUGAAAUCAAAUCCGGUUUUGUUUCCUUUUCGACUCACUGAGUUAAACCGCCAAUCUCUGGCUUUGUAUUUUUGUUUUUAUACGACGGUAACCGAAGAAUGGGAGCGGUGCCUUCGACGCCGCGCCAUACAAGCACCACCGCCGAAACGGCGGAGUAUCUAAUCGGCACCUUCGUCGGCGAGAAAUCGUUUCCUUUGGCGUCCGAUUUCUGGCAGAAGCUUCUGGAGCUUCCUCUUACACUUCGCUGGUCCUCUUACCGUGUUCAACAAGCUUGCGAGCUCUUCGCACAAAACAACCACCACACCAGGCACCUUGCGAAGAUUUUGAUUCACCUUUCAUGGUGUUUACAAGAGGCAGUUCGAACUUCUGGUGCUCCAUCUGUGGUCUAUUUGAAGGCCAUUAAUGCGGUGUACUUUUCAUCUGUUUUUUUGAAGUAUAUUGUUGAGAAUUCACAGAGUGACAAUAUCGAGGAGUUAUGUUUGUCUCUUCUUGAAAAUGAACCGGUGCCUAAAGAUUUCAUGACUGAUCAAAGGAUUGAAAAUCUUUUAAUGCAUAAUGUGCUUACCUUCCUUGGUUCAAUAGAUGUAAGUCCUACAACAUCCCUUCUACACCAGGAGUUGCUUAACUUCAUGCUUGUUGUGAUGUCUACUCAACUUCUUUCUGGACCAACCCCAGGGCCGAAAGAUGUAAACCCUUUUCUUGAUGCUGCAAUGUCUCAGGAAAGUUUGCUGGUCAGUUCAGUGGUUCGCAGAUUGCUUCUCAAUUAUAUAAUGCGACCUCUUCUUCCUUCUAGUACUGCUGCUUCUUAUUCUAUUUUUUCCGAGGAAAAUCAACCUGGUGUUUUACAAAGAGUUGGUUCUGCUGCUGCAAACUUUGUAUUGUUGCCAUUCAAUUAUUUGGUCAAUUCAAAUAGUGAAGGCUCUAGAAAUCAACUGGCAGAUUGCAGUCUCCAUGUGCUACUCGUUCUUAUUCAUUACCAUAAAUGUGUUGUAAGCGAUGAGUCUGUAACAGAUAGAAGUGAUGACAGUGCCUCUACAGAUCCUGUUUCUAAAGUAAAUACAUACUUUACUGUCAACCCUUACAGCAAGGCCUUAGAAAAUGCAAGGGACAUCGAAUUUGAUCGUGCCGAUAUUGAGGGGAAUGCACAAAAUGGACCAGUUGUGAGAUUACCUUUUGCAUCCCUAUUUGAUACCCUUGGCAUGUGCUUGGCUGAUGAGACUGCUGUCCUUUUACUUUACUCAUUGGUGCAAGGGAACUCUGACUUUUUGGAGUAUGUACUAGUGCGAACAGAUUUGGAUACAUUGUUGAUGCCCAUCUUGGAAACACUAUACAGUGCUUCGAGGAGGACAUCAAAUCAAAUAUACAUGUUGCUGAUUAUACUCCUCAUACUUAGUCAAGACUCUUCAUUCAACGCUAGCAUUCACAAGAUGAUACUGCCUGGUGUUCCAUGGUAUAAAGAGCAUCUCCUUCAUCAGACAUCACUUGGUUCCCUGAUGGUCAUAAUUUUGAUAAGGACUGUCCAGUAUAACUUGUCAAAGUUGCGGGAUGUCUAUCUUCAUACUACUUGUCUAGCAACUUUGGCAAAUAUGGCACCUCAUGUCCACCGUUUGAGUGCAUAUGCUUCCCAGAGACUUGUCAGCCUCUUCUAUAUGCUUUCACGCAAGUACAACAAAUUGGUAGAGCUAAGGGACGAUAAACUGCAAACCAAAGCCAUCUCAACAGGGGAUGGCCUUGUAGAAGAUAUGUCAGCAGAAUUGCAAAUUUAUACCGACUUUUUGAGAAUUGUCCUUGAAAUAUUAAAUGCGAUUUUGACAUAUGCACUGCCACGGAAUCCUGAGGUUGUCUAUGCCAUUAUGCACAGACAGGAGGUUUUUCAGCCAUUCAAGAGCCAUCCUCGCUUUGCUGAGCUGCUUGAGAAUAUUUAUAAUGUAUUAGAUUUUUUCAACAGUCGUAUGGAUGCCCAAAGAAUGGAUGGUGAAUGGUCUGUAGAAAAAGUCCUCCUGUUCAUAAUUAAUAAUUGUCGAUCUUGGCGCGGUGAAGGGAUGAAGAUGUUCACUCAGUUGCACUUCUCGUAUGAACAAGAGAGUCAUCCCGAGGAGUUCUUUAUUCCAUACGUUUGGCAACUCGUCCUAUCCCGCUGUGGAUUCAGUUUUAACGCAGAUGCUAUAACUUUGUUCCCCGUCGGUAUGCAUGCCAAUAAAGAAAUUUACUAUGAUGAAAUGAAUACGAACCAAAACGGGGAGUUGAAUGAACAAAGAGUUCAGUUUGAUCCGUAAAAAGAAAAGAAAAAAAAGGCAUUUUAUACCAUUAGCUUGUGCCUAUGCAUGUACGUUUGUGGUGUAUUCUGUAAAUACAUAAAAAAAAUGAUAAAAAUAGCAGAAAAUGUAUUCUUGUUAAUUCUUUUCUGUUUAUAUAUGUUUGAAACACUGUAGAGGGGCCUUUUUUGAAGUAGAUUAAUAUUUAAAAUCCUUUGUAUGAAAUAAAAGAGAGGAUUUGAUGAUUCCUUUCCUUUUUCACUAA